CAUUUUUGAAAAUCCAAAAAAUCUAUGAACAUCACUGUACAAUUUAACUAGUUGUUAUUUGGUGUAAUUAUAACGUGAAAUGUGUUAUUAGUGAGAAGUAAAAUUUUAUCUCUUAAUAAUUUAUUUUAGGUGAAGUGGGGUUAUUUCAAUCAUGGGGAAGGGAAAUAAUAUGAUUCCAAAUGGCCAUUUCCAUAAGGAUUGGCAGAGAUUUGUGAAGACAUGGUUUAACCAACCAGCGAGGAAACAUCGUCGAAGGCAAAACCGAAUCAAGAAGGCUAAAGCAAUUGCACCUCGUCCUGUAGCUGGACCUCUUCGGCCAGUUGUUCGUUGUCCCACUGUCCGUUAUCAUACAAAAGUUCGCGCUGGGCGCGGUUUUACCCUAAGGGAAAUCCGGGCUGCAGGCUUAAACCCUGCUUUUGCCAGAACAAUUGGAAUAGCUGUUGAUCCAAGGAGACGUAACAAGUCUGUAGAGUCAUUGCAGACAAAUGUCCAGAGAUUGAAAGAAUAUCGUGCCCGUCUCAUCCUGUUCCCUAAGGGCAAAAAGGUGCUGAAGGGUGAAGCUACAGAGGAGGAAAGAAAAGUUGCCACACAGCUCCGAGGUCCCCUUAUGCCUGUACAACAACCAGCUCCUAAAUCUGUUGCACGUGUUAUCACUGAUGAAGAAAAAGACUUCAAAGCUUACCAGUACCUCCGAGGGGCGCGCUCAAUUGCGAAACUUGUUGGCAUCAGAGCCAAGAGAUUGAAAGAUGCUGCUGAGAACCCUGACGAUGUCACUAAAGCACCAACAGCCAAGGAACCUAAAGCUAAGAAGUGAUAAAGACCAAUAAACUUGUCUAAAUUUAA